ACCCCCUUUAAACAAAAUCGGAUUUCUAUCUAUAAAACCGAUCUUAUCUCUCAAUCCGCCUCCUCAAACUCAAACAUCAUCAUCAUCUGAGAUUGAUUGAUUGAAAGAGAGAGAGGGAGAGAGAAAUGGAGAACAAUACUAAGAGCGGAGGAUCGGCGAUGGAAGCGUUCGAGAAGCUAGAGAAAGUAGGAGAAGGGACAUACGGGAAAGUGUACAGAGCAAGAGAGAAGGCAACUGGUCUCAUCGUCGCUUUGAAGAAGACUCGUCUCCAUGAGGACGAAGAAGGCGUUCCUCCCACCACUCUCCGCGAGAUCUCCAUCCUCCGCAUGCUCGCUCGCGAUCCCCACAUCGUCAGGUUGAUGGAUGUUAAGCAAGGAUUGAACAAAGAAGGCAAGACUGUGCUCUACCUUGUCUUCGAGUACGUUGACACUGAUCUCAAGAAGUUCAUCAGGAGCUUCAAGCAAGCUGGCCAAAACAUUCCCCAGAUCACUGUCAAGUGUUUGAUGUACCAACUAUGCAAAGGCAUGGCUUUUUGCCAUGGCCAUGGAGUGUUACACAGGGAUCUUAAGCCUCACAAUCUCUUGAUGGACCGUCAGAAAAUGACCCUCAAAAUAGCUGAUCUUGGAUUAGCCAGAGCCUUCACUCUCCCUAUGAAAAAGUAUACACAUGAGAUACUAACUCUAUGGUAUAGAGCUCCAGAAGUCCUUCUCGGUGCAACCCAUUACUCAACCGCUGUUGAUAUGUGGUCUGUUGGCUGCAUUUUUGCUGAACUUGUGAACAAGCAAGCAAUCUUUGCUGGAGACUCUGAGCUCCAACAGCUCCUCAGUAUUUUCAGGUUGCUGGGAACACCAAACGAACAAGUGUGGCCUGGAGUGAGCAAACUCAAGGACUGGCAUGAAUACCCACAGUGGAAACCUUUGAGCCUCUCAACAGCUGUUCCUAACCUUGAUGAGUCCGGACUUGAUCUCUUAUCAAAAAUGCUGGAGUAUGAGCCAGUUAAACGAAUCUCAGCUAAGAAGGCUAUGGAGCAUCCUUACUUCGAUGAUCUACCUGACAAAUCCCUUCUCUGAAGAUCUCUUUAUGAACGAACUCUCUCUCUCUCUGUAGUCUUGUUUGUUCCAACUUUGUCAUUGCUUGUCUCAAGCACCUUAUCUUGCUAUCUUAGUAGGAUGAUCAACCUUUUCAAAUUUCCCUUGGCAUUGGGGUCUAUGUUCCCAGUUGUAUAACCCCUCAACUUCGUUAACAUUGAUAGAACACAAUUUGCAAAUGUUUCCCGUUUGUUUCAGAAUAUAUCAGUUGGAGUUUCCCU